GGCAACGGAGAAGGGUUCAGGCCCGGGCCAAGUUCGGAGAACGGCGCUCGCGCGGUUUUGGCUUCUGCUGCCACGGUCCGCGCGCCGUCAUUGAGAACCCAUCGGCAGCACGGCAACCACGCACACAGAAGGAUAUUGCUACGGAGUGAGCCGACCGUGUAUCUCAUCAGGUGAAGCCUACAACUUCCAGCUGUAGGAGACAUGGCUCGCAGCCUGAUUCCGUCUGCGUGCUUCCCCCGCCCUGGCCUGGGACGCGACUACAGGUGGGACACGUGGGACUCGUGGGACAACAGCCGGCUGCUGGACCAGCACUUCGGCACCCCGCUGCUUGAUGAUGACCUGUGGGCUCUGAGGCCCACGCGGAUCGGCAUGCGAGCCCCGUUCCGCAGGCAGUUGUCCAGGGGAGGAGGCGGGGUAUCCGAGCUGCGAAACGAGCCGGAUUCCUUCCAAGUGAUGCUGGACGUGAGCCACUUCUCGCCGGAGGAGAUCACGGUGAAGACGGUGGACCGGUGCAUCAGCGUGUCGGCUCGCCACGAGGAGCGCAUGGACGAGCACGGCUUUGUGUCUCGCGAGUUCACGCGCCGCUACGUCCUGCCCGAGGACACGCUGCCCGAGCAGGUGUCUUCGACGCUGUCGCCCGACGGCGUGCUCACCAUCACGGCGCCCAAGGUGCCUCCUGCCUCGGCGCCCAACGAGCGCAUCGUGCCCAUCGCCGUGCAGGGCGCCGCCGCCGCCGCCAUGCCGCUAACGGUGCAACACGAGCCCUGACGCACGCCGAUGGACAAUAAAA